GCUAUGGAUAUGGAGUUUCAGCACACACCUGGAAAGAUAAGUAUCCCUAAAAGGUCCAUUCUUUCAGGAAGAAAGGCUGUCGAGAAUACAGAUUACCCACACUACUGUUAUCUCCUUAGGAAAAUGAACAUGCCUUUUGUGAAAGGAUUUGAGGACAGACAUAACUAUGGCAGAUUUGAAAAAAAAUGCAACCCUACUUUUCUUAAAUUUCACUCUCAUCCCCCUUCAGUUCUACCAGACUACCAUUUAUACUAUCCUUAUCCGCCUCCAUAUGGGCCAGAUUUUCCACUAUUUCCACUUCGAGAUGAUGUGCCCUUAGGUGAUUCUUGUUCAGGUUUUAUGAGUCCUGGUGGUGAUGCUGACUUAAAGCCUGGCAUUGGCAGAGCCAUACCAAAUCUAGUGGAUUUCAGUGAUGUGAAACCUCAACAUCGAGUUCCCAGACCAGACACAGGAUUUCAAACAGCAAUGAAAAGACAAAAAAUCCUAUCCGAAGAACUUCAACAGGACAGAAGAUGGAAUUCCAGGGAAGUACCAGACAUUUCCAUCAGAGCAAGACUUGGAGGUUGGACAAGCCCCCUGAAAGUUACUCCUUUACAAACUCAUCAUGAAGGAUGCUCAAUAAAUCACACAUACACAUUUGAUGAGGAGCCGACAUGUACAGAUGAUAGUGAACCACUGGUUCAACCAAACAAGAAAUAUAAUGCAAAGGACUCAUUUUACAAAUCCUCUACACAAAAAGCUUAUGAAGUUGUUCCUUGGGACAAGAUGCUCCCACCAAAACUCGAUCCAGAAGAAACAACACUAGAAAAAGCUGCCGACCUCAUCUCACAGUGCUUUAUGCAGAAAAGAUAUGAAAGGGAGCCAGCAGUAACCCAGAUGGUUGGUGGACUCUGGGACAGAUUUCAAACAAGAUCUUUCCUGGCACCAGUCAAGCCAAUUAAUUUCGUGAGUCCAAGUUCUAGAAGUAAAUAUAUUCCUCUUUAUACUGGUCACGUGCAGUCGACCAAUGCUGAUGAUGUCGACAACCCUUGUGGGGACAUCACAUCUGUCGCCAAACCUCGGCGCUCUCAACCUCUUUACACAAGCACAAGUUGUGCUGCAAAUAUUCCAGGAUACACCGGCAAGGUUCAUUUCACAGCUACCCACCCAGCAAAUUCUAAUAUUCCAUCAACAACCCCAUCGCCAGAUUCAGAACUGCACCACAUCUUACGGAAAGAAAUGGCAGUUGACCUGUUCCGUCACCAGGCUCCACUGUCUCGAAUGGUCACAACUGUGAAACCCUACAACCCCUUCAAUAAGAAGGAAAAGGAGACUGCAGGCUACUAA